AUGUCUCUUGAUCAACUGAAGACUGCCUGUGAUACAUUCUCGAAGAGGAUAGCCGAGAAUGAGACAGUAGAUCGGUACCGGGAGAAGAGGCUUCAGAUUCAGCGCAGACAGUUAACUGCCGAGGAGAAGCUUCGCUCUCGUCCUGAUGGUGUAGCUUCGGAUUCAUACGCUGAAGAAGAAGAACCCGUAUGGGAGCCAAGGGAACGCAAAAUUAAGCCACACCGGCUUACCAGGGAUAUUGAACGAUUAGUUGAGGCUGAUCUUGAAGCUGAACGCAAAAAAGAAGAGUAUUGGGAUGCAAUGUACAUCGAUUCUGAUGAGAGAGAUGACUUUGGUGACGAUUCUAACAGUGAUUCUGAGGAAGAGCUUGAAGAGGAUUCCACGAAAGACGAUGAUGGUGAUGACGAGUCCGACGAUUAG